CCGACAAGAAGAUUGUAUCCAACUAUUUCUGAAUUAAAUGUGGUUUGCAAUUCGAUCAAUUCGAUUAAUCACAUCAAAACCCGCAUUAUUACCAUCGAAUUUAGUCGAAUUCUCCGUGCUUAAUUUGAAAUCAUCGUGUGCAUUUCAUUCGCAGCGGUUGAGUCAACAUUGAGAGCCAAUUUUGUUCGAAUUACUAACACAGCUGUGUGUGUUAGUUAUUUCACAAAAAAAAAUCCACCGUAAACGUAACAGCUUCUAUCCCCGACGGCACACUAAACGAUACUCACAAUGCUCACUUUAAUGGUGUUUUUGACCCAGGCUUACUCAAAGAUGGUGCGAAGAGGUCCGCGUCCAUUGGUUCUCUGUGGCCCUUCAGGUUCCGGGAAAAGUACGCUAUUGAAGCGCUUGUUUGCCGAGUAUCCAGAGACAUUUGGAUUCAGUGUGUCGCACACAACACGAAAGCCACGUCCUGGAGAAGAGAACGGAGUGCACUAUCAUUUUGUUGAACGUGGUGCGAUGAAAGCGGCCAUCGAAAAGGGGGAAUUUUUGGAAUCAGCCGAAUUUAGUGGCAAUAUGUAUGGAACAAGCAAACAAGCCGUACGAAAUGUCCAAGAUGCUGGCAAAGUAUGUGUCCUUGAUAUCGAAAUCGAAGGUGUUAAGCAAAUCCGCAACUCGGAUUUGGAUCCAUUACUGGCAUUUGUUAUGCCACCGUCCAUUGAUGAACUGAAACGUCGACUUCUUGACCGUAAAACUGAAACACCAGAAAGUUUGCAGAAGCGUUUGGACACUGCUCAUCGGGAGAUCGAAUAUGGCAAGGCCGAAGGAAAUUUCCAUACCAUUGUGUUGAACGAUGAUGUUGAAAAGGCAUACAAAGAGCUACGCGACUUCAUUGUGCAGGAACUGGAAAAGCAGCAGGCCAAUGGCGUAUAUGUUUGCUUGAAAUCAUCCAAAGCUGAUAAAUAAAUUCAUUAUUUUAAGCCCGUUUUUAUCAGUUUUUCUUCAUAAAAUCACAAUCAAGUAUGAAGUAUUUCAUGAAAAACAAGAGAAUCAAACUAAAUAGCAUGUUCCAAAUUGUAUUAUAAAAGAAUGAACCGAGUCUUGUAAUUAUAUUAUCAUCUUAAGUUUAUUCAAUUAAAUCAAAAAUCUACUUCAAAAUAAUAUGAAUCAAAUGACAAAGCAAUCUUGACAACCUGUUCAAUUUUAAAUGAUUUUUUUUUGUUCAAACAAAUAUCAAAAACUAGCUCUUCUGUUUAUGGCACGGCUAGACACUACAACGUUCAUUGUGUAUUAUUUAAAUAAAGAGAAUUCAACUAUCUUAA